CUCGAAAUGGAACGUAGAAGGUGACUUAACUUAUGUGUCGAUGUCUGGUCACUCUGUUCUUCUUAGAGCUGCCAAUCAUUCCCUUAGCCAGUGUUGGCUCCUGUUUCCUGCUCGUUUCUCCAUUUGUUCGUCUCACAUUUCUAUCCAAUCUCAGGCAGAUUCUCACUUCGUCGCUGAACCCACCCGGAUUGCCAACUUGAGAAUCCCUGGCAUUUAGGCGCUGCAUGGGUUCAAUACACGCUUUAGCUCAAGCGAACUAUUAUUAUUGCCAUUCACUACUCCGUAGUUAGCGCCUUGUGCUAAAUUCUCUGAACCUUGCAGAAGCCCAGUCCAAUAACCAGUCCAGUCCAACCCCUCUCUCCAUGCCAAACUCGCUCGCCGUGUUGUCGACCGCCAACGACCAGUUUUUGUUCAAUGCUUGAGCCUUCUGGAAUCUUAUUUCCGGUCGACGAAUGGCCUAAGUUCUCGAGAGUUUUUCUAAAUUUGUGAAAAUCGUCCACCCGCCCCCGAUUUCAGCCCGCAGGUGUCCGGAUCUGGAAUCUCACAGGCGAUCUUCGAUAUUCCGCUAAAUAGGACUCUCCCGGAAAAUUCGCCCUCGAAAGGAACAAAAGUAAAAAAAAAAAAAAAAAAAAAAAAAAAAAAAAAAAAAAAAUUUCUCUCAACAACUUACUUUCAAUAAAUAUCUUUGGCGAUUCUUCUCCCUUCCCACUGCGUGUCUCUUCCCGAUAUCCCGUCCACAGACCACCAUGGCGGACGCCUUCAAAGCCCGAACGCUAAAACGGAAGAAUGUUAAAGGUCUCGCACUUAAUGCCGCAGCAUCGAAACUGGGAUCAAAACCGUCCGAUGGGGACGCACAAAUCCCCGGAGCGAUUGGGAAUACUGACAGCAACCGCACGGACACCCUUGAGAUUGGAUUGGAGUUUCAACUUGAUCUGCGGAGUGAAGACCUAAUGGUCCUGAAGGAGCUUGGGGCUGGCAAUGGAGGAACAGUUAGCAAAGUGAUGCAUGCUUCCACAAAAGUAAUCAUGGCUAGAAAAAUCAUCCGGGUUGAUGCUAAAGAGAAGGUCAGAAAGCAAAUAUUGAGGGAGCUGCAAGUCGGCCGUCACUGUGACUCUCCUUAUAUCGUUACGUUCUAUGGUGCGUUCACAAACGAGGCUCGGGAUAUUGUGCUGUGUAUGGAGUACAUGGAUGGUGGUUCUCUCGAUCGCAUUUCGAAGGAUUUUGGACCUGUUCGGGUUGAUGUUCUAGGAAAGAUCGCGGAGUCAAUCUUCGCCGGCCUUGUCUAUCUAUACGAAGCACACCGUAUCAUGCAUAGGGACAUUAAGCCAUCUAAUGUUCUCGUUAAUUCUAGAGGACAUAUUAAACUCUGCGACUUUGGCGUUGCAACGGAAACUGUCAACUCUGUGGCGGACACAUUCGUUGGCACUUCGACCUACAUGGCCCCUGAGCGGAUUCAGGGGGAGGCCUACUCCGUGCGAUCCGACGUAUGGAGCGCCGGACUAACGAUUAUGGAACUAGCAGUUGGUCGUUUCCCAUUUGACUCGUCAGAUACAGCUGCCGGAGACAGGGCUAGUGCUGGCCCGAUGGGCAUUCUGGACCUGUUACAACAGAUAGUCCAUGAGCCCGCCCCAAAGCUUCCAAAAAGCGAUGCCUUCCCCACGAUUCUAGACGAAUUUGUUGCUAAAUGUUUGCUUAAGAAACCAGGAGAACGACCAACUCCACGUGAACUUUUUGACCACGAUGCUUUCAUCCAAGCUGCCAAGAGAACUCCAGUUAACCUCCGAGAAUGGGCCAUUAGCAUGAUGGACAGGCACAAUAGAAAGUCCUACCUGGCGCCACCAGCCCCUCGAGCGAUCAACCGGGACGGGUCAAGAGACUCCAUAUCUGAGUCGAGAUCUCAACAGCAGCCGGAUCCUCAUUCCCACCCAACUCCUACCUCUGGGGAAAUUCCCUUGAAUUACUCGCAUGAACCAUAUAUUCAACGCGACGAACAAACACCUCGCGCAAGCAACCCCUCUCCAACUCUCGGCCUCGAGCACCUCAGUAUCAACAACCAUAGCCAACCCCAAGUAAAUGGCCAGGCUGGGUGGCCUAGAAGAUCUCCAUAUACGCCUGGUCAUCAUUCCAAUACCAACUCACCUCAGACGUUCACGUCGCCACGGGCUGCUCCGUCACCUCGUCACCCAUCGCCUAGAAAUCCCCCACAGUCCGCCGGCCUGCCACUACGGACUGGCCCUCCAUCCAAUGGGCAAAUGCCUCCUCCUCCACCAGCCUCUAGUGGGCUAGGUCCGUGGUCACGGAGUCAGGGUAAUCGGGCUUGAGCUGGCAUUGAAUAUUUGAGUUAUCGUACAGUUUCCAAGUAUACGUGAUUGUCAAGAGCUCUCUCCUCCGAUAUGUUGUUAUCUCAGUUCUAAUCUCGUACCGUCUACAAGCUUAUGUUCCUUUCAGUCUAGCGUCUGUUUAUGGAUGGCUUUCACCGUCUCUCUUUUAUCUCUUUAUCUCCAUUUUUAUAUGCAUAUCAAGGCGUUGCACCGCAUUGAUAACGUUUCUUGCGAUUUUCACAGCUUUCGAACCUUUUUCCUCUUUCCGUCUCAACGGAAAAUAAGACACGUUUUUGGCGUUGUUGAUGUUUUUGGAAUGUAUUUUUCGACUAUAUUGAAUAACUAUGUGCUUGCGAUCUCAUUGAAUUGUCGCCUUUUUUUUUCUCCCCACCCCCGUUUUCUCCGCUUCCCUAGAGAAAAUAUGAUCGAUCCCACGACCAACACUUCGGUUUAUUCUGCACAGGAAUUGGUUUCGCGGUGCUGAGAAAAUGGGAUGAAUUUGGCUCAUUACUUUGGCCUCUACCAUUCCGGGCCGACGAUGUUAUAUUUUGGGACCCGUACUCUCUCCUUUUGACCUUUCAUAUAAAUUUGGGUAUUGGGACUAAGGAGGCGAUUAGUAGCUAA